AUUGUUUACAAAACCGGAAAAGUUCACAUUUUCCAAUCAGUAAAAUUAAAUUUAGUAAAUGAUUAAACAUGGAGCAAGAAAAUAUCCCAAAUGAUCAGAUCCAAACAAAGAGUGUCAGCGCAAGUAAUUUGCCAGAAACUUUCAUCGUUGACAAACAAGUAGCAAAAGAAUUCUUCAGUCAAUUUGGAACAGUAAAGCGAAUCAUUUUUCGCCCUAAACGAUUAGAAUGUACAGUUGAAUAUGAAACAAUUGAAUCAGCACAACAAGCACUUAACUAUCAAGCAAACUUUAAAAUAUUUCCAACGCCACAGAAGCCAGCAACACCUGAACCAGAAUUUCUCAAUCCAGAUGUGCAAUCAGAGUUAGAUUUAAUGUAUCCAUCUGGAAUUAGAACACAGGCGAAACCAGGUAUGGAAACAUUUAUCCGCAAUCCUCAAGCAUUGAUGAAACCAAGAAUUCUCCAAGCAUUAAAAUCAAAAACAGAACCUUUAUCUAUAUCAGUGUCAGUUGAUUCAAAGCUAGUGAAUGCGGCUCGUGUUGAGUUAGAAAAUCUUCUGAGAAAACCAGCACGAACAGCUGAAGAGAAACUUCAAGUACUUGACACUCGUGACAAGCUUUAUCGUCUAAUUGUUGGUAAGACAACCGACAUUAACAAAGCACCAAGUACAAAAGGAACAUGCAAAGAUAUGUGUCCAGAAAAGGAGCGAAUAAUGCGUGAAGCUCGUCUUCAAGUUGCAUCAUUUGAAGUGAGUGAUCAAGACUCAUCAAUGGAUCCAAGAAAAGCAAUCAAACAAUAUUCAAGAAGUGCAGCUGAUGCCGAAACUCCGCUUCCUCACGAGCUCCGUCCUGAAAGUUCUCUUAAAACCAGCAUGACUUAUUUACUUCAUAUGAUUAUGAAUUUAUGUGAUGAUGACCGGACAUCAAUUGGUGACUGGUACCAUUUUGUUUGGGACCGAACUCGAGGAAUUCGUAAAGAUAUAACACAACAAGAACUUUGUUCGCCCGUCACUGUCGAUCUUGUCGAACAAUGUGUGAGAUUUCACGUUCAUUGUUCAGCUCGUCUCAUUGCUGAAGAUCCAGCAAUUUUCGAUCAAAAAAUAAACACAGAAAAUCUCACGAAAUGUCUACAAACACUCAAAUAUAUGUACAAUGAUCUCAAAGUGAAGAAUGUCAAAUGUAAGAAUGAAGCUGAAUUCAGAGCUUAUGUGGUUCUGUUAAAUCUCAACGAGUCUGGAAAUUUCCUAUGGGAAAUUAAACAAUUGGAGAAAAGUAUUUUAAAUUCAAAAGAAGUUCGCUAUGCACUUGACGUUUAUUUCGCUGUGGCCAAUAACAAUUAUGUCAAGUUCUUUAAUCUUGUAAGAGAAACUUCAUACAUGAAUGCCUGCAUUCUUCUACGUUAUUUUACACAAGUUCGCAUCAAAGCUAUCAACAUUAUUAUGAAAUCUUAUACGCCAAGAAAAGGAAGCUUCAACUACAACAUUUCAUAUCUUCAAGAGAUUCUGGCGUUUGAAGAUUUUGAAUCGACUGUGACAUUUCUUGGACAUCAUGGACUUGUUUGCGACACUGAAACUGAUGUUGUUUUUCUUGAUCGAUCAAUGUUUGGUGCUGGUGAAACUUCUUAUCAAAUGGAACGAGCUUAUCAACUUGUUGAAUCAAAAAUGGAAACUUCAGUAGCGGAAGUUGUUUGUGGAAAUUUAUUGCCAUCAUCUGAUUGUUUCAUCAAUCUCAUUCCGCAUUCAAGUUUCGACAAAGAUGGAUUCUUAAAGAGAGAAUCUUUCUAUGCUGAAGAUCAAAACGGGCCAUUGCCAAUUGCGAGGACAGAAAAUAUUUUUAAAAUUCCGAAAGGUUCACCUCCAGUCUCUCCAGGACGUUCAAUGCUUCAACAAAAGUUUCAACCACAAAAAUCGGCUGAUCAAAGUGAUGUUGUCAUUAAUGAGAAUCCAUUUAACAAACCAACAAAUCAAAAUCCAUUUGCAACAACGAAAACAAUUUCUCAAUCACCGAAAAAUAUUUUUAAGACAACUGAAACGAAGUCAAAAAAUCCUUUCGCUCAGAAAAUGAGUUUUGGUCAACCACAGAGUCAAACAACAGCACAAUCAAUUUUUGGACCUUCGCUCACUUCACCGUCAUCUUUUAGCUUGUCGAAGCAAUUAGGAAUUUCGAAAGAACAAGAAACACCGAAACAACAGUUGUUUGGAAUGCCAUCAUCAGCAACUGUUCAACAAUCGCAUUCAAACUUUUCAUUUUCAACAAUAAGUCAACAAAAUAAUCAGGAAAUAGAAAUGAAGAAACGUGAAGAAAAAGAAGCAGCUGAAAAGAAAAGAAAAAUGGAAGAGGAAGAAGAAAGAAAAGCGAAAGCUGAGGAAGCUGAACGAUUGCGACGAUUAAAGAAGGAAAUGGAGGAACGUGAGGAACGUGAAGAAAUGGAAAGAUUAGAAGCAGAACGACUUCGAUUGCAGGAAGAAUUAAGAAUUCAAGAAGAAAUUGAAAAAGCAAAAGAAGAAGCACUUGAAAAAGCUUCUCAAGAAGUAUUAAAUUCGUUAAUAAAUGAAAUUAUUGGUGAUGAAGGAAGAAAGAAAGCUCAUGAGGCGAUGACUUUGUAUGUGAAGAUUCCUGAAGAUUUUUAUGAUGCUUUGGAGUUCGAUGUCGUCGCUGAAGAGCUUUGCAAGAUCUACCAACAAGAACUUUUUGCUUAUAUCAACGAAACAAAACUUAAAUACGAAACGCUUCAUUCAUGUUUCCAACGAUGGCGAGAAACAACUUUGAAAGAAAUUGAAAGACGCGAUAAAUUAUCAACAAUUGGAUGUUCAAUAGUCAACUUAUCACUUGAUGAACAAGCUGAUAAUCUUCAUCAUCCAGAACAAAAUGUGACACUUUCGAAUAUGAAACAAUAUUUAAGUGGAAGUCCACAAUCAAUUCAUCUUCCCGAUUUGAAUAAUUUCAAGACAAUCAACUUGACUGAUGAACUAAAAUUGAAGACAUUUGAGUCAAAAAGAUUGCAAAACAUUCUCGAUAAUCUUGAACUUCCUGUACCAGUUUCAGUGAUUGUUUACAAGAAUCUUGUGUUAGCAAGUGAUGAAGAUGAAAUCAGAGAACACAUGGAUUUGACAACGGAAGUGAAUGUUUCAAGUUUUGAAAUAAAUCUUUAUUACGAAUGUCAUGAAAAGGAGAAAAACCUCACAGAAACAACAAUUGAAGCUUGUCAAUUUCUCUACGAUUCGUAUGCUGAUCUUCUGGUGGAUAAGAAAUAUCAACUUUUUGAUCUUCAAGCGCAACACAUUCUUGACUUCUUUCAAACGACAAUCGGUGAUGAAAUGUGGCGACGUGUUGAGAUUUCAUGUCGUCAAAGUGAUGAAUUUACAAAACGAAUGAGUGAAUUUAACAAUGUUGUCCAAUUUUACAAUUUAUGCAUUGAUAAACUCAUGGAAAUGGUGACAAAUGAUUUCAGAAAAAUGCCUUCAUUACCCGAUGAGUUCCGUGAACGAUUAAAGCCAAUGAAUCAAAGAAUUCCAUCAAGUUACGAAUAUUUUCCUGUUAAUUGGCAGUCAUUGGACUAUUCUAGAAAACAAGUCGAACUCAUUCAUUCACUUAAAUUAAUUAAAAUGCAAAAUGAUUCUUUCAAAAACUUUGAUGAUUUCAAACAAAAACUUCUCAGCUUCUUAACACUAAACAUUGCUCAACAUACGACAAAAGUCUAUCAAUCUGUCAUUGGUAAAGUCAUCAAUUUCUUUUACACUCAAAAUCUUUAUGAAUACGACGAUGUUAAUGAAGCUCUUGUUAACUUUUGUUGGCUUAAAAUUAUUGGUGAAAUUGUGAUUGGAAAGUUUAAUGAAAUGUUCAGCCAACGACAUCAAGAAAUACCUUCAAUGCUUAUUUAUAAUAAGAAAGAUUUUCAUCAAUAUCAGCAUGUCCCUUGGUGGUACAAAAUCAAUUUCAUUCCAUCUCACGAUGGUCAUCGAUCAGAAGAGCAAGAACCACACAGCAAACGUACAAAACUCACGCAACCAACAAAAGAUGAAAUCGAAUUUCUACUAAAGAAAAGUUCAACGAGUUUGAAUAAAGUCAACAAGAAUAUCGAAGCAUUUAAAGAAGUCAGUAACAAGACAAGAGAUGUCUCAAAAGAUUUUGAUAAAUUUCUUAACAAUUUUGAGAAAACUUUCACUGGAAAAAUGACGAUGUGGGAGAAAAAGUUUGAAAGCGAUUAA